CGGAGCGGGGCUGCGCUCCGGGAAGGCGCGUCACUGGGGCGGGGGCCGCCCAGCAGCCAGCCACCGGCCCCGGAGUCGAGGACUCAGUCCGCGCCCUCCCGGGAUGGACGAUCUGGAUGCUCUCCUGGCUGAUCUGGAGACGACAACCUCCCAUAUCUCCAAGCGCCCAGUUCUCCUCACAGACUCCAGCAGUGCCCUGGCCCAGGACCGGGCCACAGAGCCCAAACCAGCUCCUCCACCUUACAACCCUCAGCAACAGGCUGGGACCACAGCCAUGCCUACUGAUCCACUCCCAGCAGCUGCCCUGCAGGGUGGCAGUGACAAGGAACACCUGUACAGCACGGUCUGCAAGCCACGCUCGCCCAAGCCGAAAGAAGGUGCCCCCCCACCCUUCUCCUCUUCCAGCGGGGUGCUGGGGGCUGGGCUCUGCGAACUGGACCGGCUCCUGCAGGAACUUAAUGCAACCCAGUUCAACAUCACAGAUGAAAUAAUGUCCCAGUUUCCAUCCAGCAAAAGCCCUGCUGGGGACAAGGGCAAAGACAGGCUGGAAGAUUCUGUAGAGGGUGGUUCUUUAUCACGGUCAGCAGCUCCUCCACCUGCGAAGCCAUCUGCCACAUCAGCCACCCUGGAGCUCGACAAACUCAUGGCGUCUCUGUCAGAUUUCCGGGUCCAGAGCAAUCUUCCCGGUGCCUCCACCAGCACGGUAUCACCGCCACCUGCUCCUGCCUGUGUGUCCUCCGCACAGCAGCCAGUAGUCUCGUCGGUCUGCCCCAGCCCCCCUGCCGCACCCCCACAGAUGUCGCCAGCCCAGCCGAGUGGGAAUCUGGACAGCAUGCUGGUGCUGCUGGAGUCGGACCUCAGCCGCCAGGGGAUCUCCACCACGGCCAAGGGUCUGUGUGCUUCCUGCCAGAAGCCAAUAGCAGGGCAGGUGGUCACAGCACUGGGAAGCACUUGGCAUCCAGAGCAUUUUGUCUGUACCCACUGCCAGAAGGAGAUGGGAGGCAGUAACUUCUUUGAGAAAGAUGGCACCCCUUACUGUGAGAGGGAUUACUUCCAGCUCUUCUCCCCCCGUUGUGGACUCUGCAACGAACCCAUCCUGGAUAAAAUGGUGACAGCGCUGGAUAAGAACUGGCACCCGGAGCACUUCUGCUGUGUCAAGUGUGGGCGGCCCUUUGGGGAGGAAGGCUUUCAUGAGAAGGACGGGAAGCAGUACUGCCGCCAGGACUUCUACGAGCUCUUCUCGACCCGCUGCCAGGGAUGCAACCAGGCCAUCCUGGAGAACUACAUCUCAGCCCUCAAUGCCCUGUGGCACCCGGAAUGCUUCGUUUGCAGGGAAUGCUAUACGCCGUUUGUGAACGGCAGUUUCUUUGAACAUGGCGGCCGCCCGUUCUGCGAGAUCCACUAUCACAAGCAGCGUGGCUCGCUCUGCUCGGGCUGCGAGAAGCCCAUCACCGGCCGCUGCAUCACCGCCAUGGCGCGCAAGUUCCACCCGGAGCACUUCGUCUGUGCCUUCUGCCUCAAGCAGCUCAACAAGGGCACCUUCAAGGAGCAGAACGACAAGCCGUACUGCCACCCUUGCUUCAUCAAGCUCUUUGGGUGACGAGGGGCGCCCUGGCCUUGGCCUUGCCGUGGCCAAGCCGCGCCGAUUGCCAGCAUGGGAAGAGGGGGGGCUCUGGGUCCCGCCUCCGACCAAGCCGGGCCCACUGCCCCUUGUGGGAGGGGGCUGUGCCUUAUGAGCUCCGCCCCCAUCGCUGGAGCCACCACACUGAUGCCAAAAACCACGCCUCUAGGUAAGAGCCACACGCAGAACAAGCGAGGUGAGGAGCAGGGUGCAUCUGCUCCUCCCGCUCUGCUCAGGAGCCUGUCACAGCAUGAGCAGCCUAUCACUAACCCCCCACCCCAUCACAUGCCAGUUUUAAGCCACACUCACACAAUGCCAGCACUUCAGACAGGAGGCAGUGCCUUAAGCCACAUCCACAAGACCAGCUGGCGGUCAGUCGUCUAGGCAGGAGGCAGGGCAUGAAAGAUGCCUCACCUCACCUUUGCUCCCUCAAGUCUCUCUCCACAGUUGCUGCCCAGGAGGGAGGGAUGGGCAUUUCCUCUUCACACAGCCCCUCUAAGCCAUAAAGCCAUUCAGCAGGGAGAGGGGUGUGAGGAAAGCCCUUUUGCCUCCAGGUUAUUUGGAAUCUUUUUGUAUUCUUGCCACAAUAUACAUGCCUGGGGAGGGCACAGGGCACUCCAGGCCUGCAUUAAAACACUAAUGAUCUUGAUCUAGAAGUCACAAUGGUUCUGUUUUGAAAAGGGAGGGGCAAUAGUAUCCCCUUGGUCUAUCCCUUUUUGGCAAAACGUUGGGUCAGCCUUUGUCAACUUGGUGCCCCCUUGAUGUCUUGGACUUGGACUUCCACUAGUCCCAUAUGGCAUGGCCAACAUCAGGAAUGCUGGAAGUUGUCAACCAAGCUACGAGGACGGCAUCAGGCUGGGGAAGGUUGCUUUAGGGUGAGCUCACACACAUCCAUCUUUGCUUCAGUCUGAAGGAUUGUAAGAGGUUUGCUGUGGGGUUUGGGAUGUGCCUCUUCCCCAGAGGGGAGGACAGGGGCAAUUUGUGGUAGGGGUGGGGUGGGGUCUCCUUCUGGUUGGGGCUUUCGGGAGGUGACUGGCUGGUGCUGAAAGAAGGACGCUGCAUCCGCCCUCCCCACUUGCAUGUUGUGAUGGAAAAAUUUCCCGGAUUGCAAAUGAAGCAGUCAUUUUGUCCUUUAAACUGGGGAAUUACGGGAGAAAAAUAUGCCUGAGCUUGCAGUUUUGAAUUACCAGGAACUCUCUCUCUUUUUUAACUGUGUAAACCCAAACUGAGGCUUUUAUUAGAUCACAUGUUAGGUCAGGAGUCUGAGGAAUGUGAGCUCUUCCUUCUGCCACCGGAUUUCUAUGCCAACUUUUUAACUUCUCACUGCUGUACAUUAUAUAAUAAAAUUCACAUUAAACAAA